GUGGCUGUCUACUCUCUCUUUCAUCUGGUUUUAGUUCAGGUAGUAAUAUUUGACUUAAUAGGGAAAUCUAUUGCAGCAAUAUUCGAACAAAGGCCCGAUUUGUUAUUUUGAAUAAUGGCGGGGGAGGAGGAGGAGGAGAGGAAUCUAAUCGAGAUACUGGAGGAGAAUAUUCCGAUCGACAUCACCAAAUACAUCAACUACGUCCAGUCACCGCACUGCGGAGCAAUAUCAACCUUCGCAGGCACUACACGCGACACCUUCGAGGGCAAAACCGUCUUAGAACUAAGAUACGAAGCCUAUGUUCCAAUGGCAAUACGCUGCAUCAAGUCGAUCUGCACUUCCGCCAGGUCAUCAUGGAACCUCAGCUCGAUUGCUGUGGCCCACCGACUGGGCCCCGUUCCUGUCGGAGAAAUUAGCGUCUUUAUUGCAACCUCGUCGGUUCAUAGGGAAGAUUCCUUGGACGCCUGCAAAUUCAUGAUCGAUGAGGUCAAGGCAUCGGUUCCGAUUUGGAAGAAGGAAGUUUAUAGCAAUGGAGAAGUUUGGAAAGAGAAUUCCGAGUUUCUUGAGAGGAAAGACGAACUUGUCGUUCCUAGCCAUGGCCGAAAAUGCUGCGGUAAAAAAGUUAUGGUAAUAGAAUAAAUUUAUUCCCGAUGUUUUAUUUACUUAACGGAAAGAUAAUCGUGUAUUGUUUUGAAUUGAAAUCUCUGCCGGCAAACGAAUAAAAGAAACUGUUAUUACUUUAAAAAA